AUGGCUAGCCAGGACCCUGCCCCAUCCCCUGCCCAGGGAGUUGGACCCAUCUAUCAACCCGACGGCGAGAAGCCUACCGCAACUGUCUCCAAGGAGAUCUCUUAUGACAAUGUCCACGUACUUCCUCAAACUCCCCAAUUGAUUGCUUUGUUAACGAUGAUCCGGGACAAACGUACUGUUCGGGCUGAUUUCAUCUUCUACUCCAACCGAAUAAUUCGGCUUCUAGUGGAGGAGGGACUAAACCACCUUCCUGUAGUUGAGCAAUCGGUUACCACUCCCGUCGGAAGGGCAUACCUAGGGGUAAAAUUCGAAGGGAAAAUUUGUGGCGUGUCAAUUAUGAGAGCCGGAGAGGCAAUGGAGCAAGGGCUGCGGGACUGCUGCCGCUCCGUACGGAUCGGAAAGAUUUUGAUUCAGAGGGACGAGGAAACCUGCAUGCCAAAACUUUUCUAUGAUAAAUUACCGGCAGAUAUUGCUGAUCGAUGGGUUCUCCUCCUGGAUCCCAUGUUUGCGACUGGAGGCUCUGCCACAAUGGCAGUUGAAGUCUUGAAGCAAAAAGGUGUUCCGGAGCAUCGAAUCCUUUUCCUUAACCUCAUUGCAAGCCCGUCUGGUGUGACAGAAUUUGCCGAAAGGUUCCCCAAGCUCCGAGUUGUCACUGCCUUCAUUGAUCAAGGAUUGGAUGACAAAAAAUAUAUCAUCCCCGGCCUAGGAGACUUCGGUGAUCGAUAUUAUACUUUGUGA